UGUUUGUUUAGUGCAGCAGAUCUUGCCACCGAAGGAACGAUGUCUUGUUGAAUGGCCUAUAUACGGUACAUUCUGCCUACCAUGUUCCUCUUCGCCGAUUAUCCUGCCCUGCCUACUCACUAAUAUUGCGAAAUCCAGACAGCCGAGACCAGUAGUCCACAGUAUUUUGCUCACGUAGGCCAUUUAUCGGGAACAGUAUACUCGGUUAUAAAGCAGAUCUCAUCAAGAACCAGAAUUAUGUUUACCUUAAUUGAAGGUUUAAAGUAUGGGGCAGCAGCAGCGAUGGGUUUGUUUUCAGGAGGAGCAUUAUACAUCAAUGCAGUGGAGCAUCACAGUCGUCGAUCUCUCCCCGUGGAGGCCCAGAGGCAGGAGUGGGCCAACAGCUUUAAUAUCGCUAAAAAAUUCCUGCCGUCUCUCGGCCUGAUAGGCGCGGGAUGUUCGACUUCCCUGUUUUUCCUGGACGAAUCGGAGUACAAGUACUACUGGCUGGUGGGGCCCGUCCAGUUCGUACUCGGGGGAGUCUUCACGGUGACAAUGAUGCUGCCAGAAAUCAACAUCCUCCUGGACAAGGGAGUCGUGGAAAAGAAAGGAGAGACAUGGGUCCGUGGUGCCAUAGACAGAUGGAAUUAUCGUCAUAUGUUUAGGACCAUGAUUGAUGGCGCCACCUACUUCCUGUUCCUGUACCUUGCAAUGAAAUCAUGAUAAUUGAUUUCGUAUACAAAUUCGUCUAUAUGCAGCUUCGUGUGCACUAUACUGAAUAUACUGUCAGGACGGACCAAAACAAACACGUUUUUACAUAUAACGAAGGCAGUUAUUACUACAACUUUUUGAUAUCAGCAUUUCGAUCAUAUGUGUAUGUUUUAUUCAUGCAUUAUUACUCAUUUAGUCUUUGUAAUGAAUCCAAAUAAAACGAGAAUUGUUUAUA